GCUCAUCCAUCCAGAAGUACGGUCAUAAUGUCUUCGUUCAAGUUGACCCUUCCAGCAGAACUCCUGCACGAUAUCCUUGCACCCGUCAUCGACUCGGAGACCGAAGACCAGGAAUUUCGCAGCUGUCGAUCCAUUCCAUACGAGAACAGCGGUGCGCGAUGGCGGUACGGGAACGAAGCUCUGCGUGCCGAAGAGCGCCGGCCGCCUGCUCUCCUGCUUGUCUGCAAGGCUUGGAAUCGCAUCGGGACGCCAUUGCUGUACCGCACGAUCAUCCUGCGGUCCAAGGGACAAGCCGAAGUGCUGGCGAGGACUCUGACGACACUAGCGCCCGAUCUCGGCAGCUCGGUCAGACGGUUGCGGCUGGAAGGGGGAUAUGGGAGGGUUGUACUUCAGAUCCUGAAGGCAACGACCCGCGUAUCGGAACUGGUGCUUGUACUGUCCUUGCGCUCGGAUGACAGCAUCUCGGGACUCGUGCGCGGCCUUGCGUUGCCUGCCGUCAACCCCGCUGAGAUCCGGCUGAUCUGCGAAUAUGAGCACGAUUUGAAGAAACGGAAGACGCUCGUCCAAACUCUCGCAGAGGCUUUCAAGGGCUGGAGCAACUUGAAAAAGGCGCAUAUACCCUGGAUCACGGAUGGCCGCAAUGGCCAGGGAACUGUAGAUUUCAUAUCUCUGCUCGAAGGGCUGGCGACCACACCCUCCCUGCAAAUCGUGGUCCUACCUCGGGAGGUCCAGAAACACGACCGCUUCUUCGCAGCACUGAAGACGCUCGCAACUAACCGCGCGCUACGCUGCAUCGACAUGUCGCGCCAUGCGCAGCAGAAAAACGCCCUCGACAAGGCCAUCGCGUCCGACCCGCGACUUCGUGCGGUGUGCAAGUACGAAGAUCCGGCGACGUAUCGACCGAGCACGUUCAUAGCGCUGCGGAGGGCGUUUCGGGAGCGUGCGAUGAACCCGCCGCCGCCGCGCGAGCCGACGCCAGAGCCGCUAGCCGCGACGCCUCCCGCGAGCGGAAGGACACCAAUCCAGGAGCAGCCCCUGGAGGUCCAGGAGCGCGUGUGGUGUAGGGUGUUUGAUUUCGCGCAGAUGCAUUCGUCGUAUGAGGGGAGGUGCACGGCAGAGCGGCUGAUGGGCGUCUGUCGGCUUUGGAGGCGCUUGCUCUUCGUUCGCCUGUACACGAACGCCAAACCGCAGGACUGGUACGGCGCGGUCCUGCUGGGCGACGCGUGCAGAAUCGACCCAUCGCUCGGUCGGCACGUGCGCACGCUCGAGCUCUGCAACAAGGUCGAGCGCGACCUCUACGUGCCCCUCAACGCGGUCGUCAACAACAUGCCGAACCUCUCACAGAUAAAGUCCCAAGGAUGGCGGCGGGAUUCGCCCCGCCGGUUUGCGACGCCGCCAACACUCUUCAUCGAGUGGGGCGAGUUUGCGGGGCUGGCGAAGAGCGCGGAGGGCUUGGAGGUGAUUGGGGGCGUGCAGGUUAGGAAGAAGUUUGUGGGUAAAGAAGUGGGGAAGCGGCAGCCCGGUGCGACGAAGGGCGUAGCGACGAGGUCAAGGGUCAACGCGCCCACCACGCCCGUUGCGUCUGCUGUAGACCCAGCCGCGCCUACCGCUGAACCAUCCGACGCGGCGCGCCAUGACGAACAGCCCGACGAAGCGCGCCACAGCGCGCUCAAAGAGGUCUCGGUCCCUGUGGGGUCCCUGACACCGUUCCGCGCGCUGCGUGUACUGCACUUUGGUGCGUCGGUGAAGCUCAAGUUCAAGGAUGGCGCCAUAGACCCGGCUAUUUUCCCCGUCCUCGAAGACCUGGAGUUCGAGCCGAGCCAUACGUCAGUUCUGCGGUUGUUCUCCAUCUUGGAACUUCCCCGCCUCCGGCGUCUCGCGCUGCAUGGCCGGUCGCAGACCGCGGAGCACGCAGCGCACUUUCUGGAGAAUCAUGGGCCGAAGAUCGAGGAGCUCGAGCUCGCGUACUUCCCGACGGAGGUGAUUUUCGAGAGCUGCAUGCACAUGAAGCGUUUGCGUAUCGAGGCUGAUAGGCCGCCCGAGAAUUAUUCGGCCAGUGAAUGGACGUCGACGUCGCUCGAGACGGUGAUCUCGUUGCCUCGUCCGCCAUCUCAUGGACCAACCCUGGCGCAGUGGGGAGCAUUCUUGUCGUCGCUGGACCCGGCGCGCUUGCCGCAGCUCAAGGAGAUCCGGGUGCAGAAACAUUGGCCGACGCAUGAGCGAGCAAUCAAGAAGUCAGUCUGGGUGGCGUAUGCUGAGGAAUUGCAGGAUAAGGGGAUCCAGAUAGUGGACAGUAGUGGUCUGCCGUGGGUGCGCAGAGCAGGCGUUCGGUCGCGGGCGCUUCGAUAGUGGCCAGUCCAGGACGUGUAGUCAGAGAAGUAGGUCCUAUGAGACUGCAUGUGAACCAACGACCAUGCUGAUGCGUGUCGACCGCUCACAUAUGGCCUGUUUGGCACGCGCAGCCUUUUCAAAGUAAGCCAAACAAUAGCUCAGAAAACCCAGUUCACCACUUCCGUUGCAACUUCGCCCACUGCGACAAUCGAAGAUAGCGAAGCCAUAAUACAGUCUACUCCUUCGUUCAAAUCCAAUUCUCCCACUCACAUGCACCUGCCUUCGUCAUCCACUGCAGCCCACCACUAGCACCAAAGUGCUAUCCCUUUUGCCCUCAACUCCUCCGCGUGAGGUAACCACAUUCUGCCUAC